AUGCAGUCACUCAACAAGCUCUUUCCGCCCACUAUAGUGGUCACAGCACCAUCAUCUUUCGAGGGUACGCUCCCAACAUCUUCACACAUCAAAAGCGUAUCACAUACCUCUGCGUCAUGCAAGGUCCAUGCCGACAUGACUGAAGACGACAAAGACGAAGACUGCGAGAAUCCUGUUUACAUCAAGUCGCUCGGUCCCAAGUUCCACGGAGUCGAGGAGUUGGUCACUCAUCCAAAAGCAGGCGACGAUGGCUUUGGUUUGCUGAACGACAUGGCUUCGUCCUCUCUGAACUCCGAUUUCGACUAUGAGGGUGAGUACAAAGACUACGAGUAUACCUAUGGGAUUCUCGAAGAGAUGGGCGUUGGAUGCGAAGAACUGAGUGCUUGGCCAUACACCCACACUUACUUCCGCACCGAGAUGCCAGAUGGCAGCAAGAUUAUCAUGGCAAAGUUCCAUGAUACCUAUGCAAAACAUUAUACAGGCCGGCCAGCUUUCCAGGGUAACAAGGUCAGCGACGAGGUUCAUCAGCACUUCCUGGACCUAGCUUGCGAUGUGUCAAAACACAAGCCACACUUACAUCUUCUCGCAAGGAAAUUCGGAUCUGUUGUGGAUGAAGAGGAGCCUCGCCUGAACAUUGGUUGUUUUGAGUAUCCUCGGCAGUUCCCAGCGGUGUGGAAUGAAGACUUCGACGAAGUUCCGUUGCCUCUCGGAGAAGAACGUGUCGUCGUUGGACUAUUUCGCUCCGGCAAGCAGCGCAACACAACCUACGAGACGAUGAAAGUGCGCAAAGAUGUGCCAGACAACCCAAUGGAAUUCUCCUCUUGCCAAAAGGGCAUUGAAGCAGCCCGCGCGCUCGCCGAAUACCAGAACGACGAUGAGCAGAUUCGACGAACGACGCCGAUCCCUGAUUGCGACCGGCCUCGUUUUGAGGGAGGAUUGCCAUUAGACGCCGUACCUAAAGCAAAGUGGGAUCACCUGCACGAUUUCCCAGGCGAAAACGAUGGCUUCGUCCAAGGCAUCCUGGGAAGACUGGAGAAGCUACGCGCUCAACCGGAACACUAUGAUCUUCUAGUCGAUAAAGGUUCCCACGAGUAUGCGGCCGGCAGUAUCCUUGGACAUCGGAAAGGUCUCGAAGAAAGCAUGGUUGUUGGACUCUGGCAUGCCUUAUACCAUGAAGAGGAGUGCAACACCGAGGCACUACGCGAACAGGGACUGCUCAACCCUGAAGACGACUUCGGUGACAACCCGGAGUACCUGAAGGCGAAGAAGUUAUGGUGGCAGCAGAAGAUGGGCAUCCGCGGCAUUGAAGCCAUUGUCCGGUACCACAUGGGGCACGUUCGCUCACGGCGGCGCCCUAAUCGAGCUGCGUACUUUCUGACCGAGGAAGACGAUGCCAUUCUCAACUGUAAUUCGCCAGAAUACCCAACAUCGCGUGCUAAACCCGAGGAGGUCCCUGAAGGAUGUCAGUUCUACGACGAGCUUCAUGACAACCCGGUGGAUUGGACGGCAAAGUCUGAGUCCUGGAUUCGGCUGUGGCGUCUUUCGGCUACCGACAUCAUCGAACACGAUGACUUCGACGAGGAGUGUCGCGAGCCUUACGAUGCGCUCGUGGAAUAUCAAGACAGCCGCGAGCCAGGCUGUGAAGCACACGAAGAGCCAGAAGAGUUUGCACGUCCACUACUUGCGGGGCGCCGUGUUGCUACUUUGGCUGCGCUGGAGCGGAAACGCCGCGAUUCGGCUGUUGAGCUGAAAACCAAGACUUCUCCUGGUGGCGGAAAUCCACAAGCUCAGCGUACGCCCGGCAGCAUUCCAGCGGCUCAAAUAAUGGCCAAAGACAACGCUUCCGUAUCGAAUGCCGCAGCUUGUGUGUCAGGGGGUCUCAUGGAGCAUAUCCGGGGAACUCGCGACGAGGAGGCAGAUGAUGCCGCUGCCGCGGUAGCUAAUGCGCCUUCUCCCAAGUUCAUUGAGGCGUUCCUAAAUAAGAAGAAGAAGGUCAUUACACCUUCUCCCGAAUUUCUCAGGGCAUUCUUGAAGAAAAAGGCCUUGAUGGGUGCUAUCAAGUCCAGCAUCCAAGUUCCGCCUGGCAUUCUCGCCGACUAUUCGGCAGUUGAGGAUGAAUUUCGUGAUCAAGAAUCAGGCAUGCCCUGUAACUUGAUACAACACAAUGCACCCGGUCCUGUCCCUAUUCAGGGACGCGUCUGGGUAGGCUCAUCGAACCCCGAGAUGAGCCGUGACCAACGUCGCGAACAGCAGGUCACUGUUCGCGAUGGUAAAGCUCUGACCCGAUCGAGGAAUGAUGCGGAGAACCGGUUGAUGGAUCUACUGCAUCUGCCUGUCAGCAAGACUGACUCCAUACAUCGCCCUCGAAGGGAAUGA